ACGUGUUGUAGGCUUUAUUCAAGUUUUCACUCCGCUGUCAAAAAUGAUAAAGAGUUGCAGAGGAGACGUGCUCUCUCAGCCUUGAGCCAAUUUUCAUCCUGACAGGUUUUUGGACGGUUCCCCUCUGAGCAGUGACUUCAGAGCCGCCCUCCUGCAGCUCUCCUAACGCACCCGAGCCGCGGAAGUUUUCUCUUACUAUGUCUUUCAUUAUAUGCGUCUUCCAACUCUGGCUGAUGAUAUUCUUUGGUGAGGCAGUUAGAUCCAGCCGAUGAGCGACCCUCGACGUGCGUUGUGGCGCUGAUGUGAACGAGCGGAGCCACCUUAAAGAAAGCAGCCCUCUCUGUCUGAUGUCAGCGUCAGAGACACAGACCCUGCCGCCGGUACCGCGCUGCGCUGCACCGCCGUUUCAAAUCUUCAUCUACUGCUGCUGCCGCUGCUCUCCUCACUUUUUUCCAGCUCAUGCCUCGUCUGCAUUCACGGGAGUAGCUUAUUCCUGCCUCUUCGCCAACACAUUCAACAGAGCUGCCCCGGUCCUACCUGAGCCAAAUCCUCGCCUCAGGGGCAGAAAGCUGCGGGGCGGCCCUCGUGGCCGGGAUGCCACUGUGUGCCGUGCCAGUCCACAGUGGAUGGUGAGGGGCAGGAGGAGGGGACCGAGUGCCGGAGACUGAGAGGAGGUGGUCCACACCAAACAGGAGACAUGAACCUCUGCUGGAACGAGAUCAAACGCAAGUCCCAUAACAUCCGGGUGCGGCUAGAGGCGUUCUCCGACAACAGCGGGAAGCUGCAGCUCUCUCUGCAGGAGAUCAUAGAAUGGCUGACAGCCAAGGAUGAGGAGCUGUCAGAGCAGCUGCCCAUAGGAGGCGAUGUGGGGGCCGUCCAGCACCAGAGGGAGUUCCACCAGGCGUUCAUGGAGGAUGUCAAGUCUCGUGGGCCGUUCAUCUACUCAGUGUUGGAAUCUGCCCAGGCCUUUCUGGCUCAGCACCCCUUCCAGGAGCCAGAGGAGACCCUGACCGAUGGAAAAGAGGUUUCUCCACGCCGGCGGAUCUUGAAUGUGAGCCGCUCAGUAUGGAAACAGGCGAACGUGGCCAGUGACCUGUGGGAAAAGCUGACGGCACGCUGUGUGGACCGCCAUAGACACAUGGAGAGGACGCUAGAGCGUCUCCUCCAGAUCCAGGCAGCGAUGGAGGAGCUGGCAGUCGCCUUGGAGCAGGCAGAGGGGGUGAGAGACGCCUGGGAGCCUGUGGGAGACCUCUUCAUUGACUCUCUACAGGACAACAUAGACGCUACAAAGUUAUUUAAGGAGGAGCUGACCCAGGUUAAGGAGGGCAUGAAGCACAUCAAUGAUCUGGCCCACCAGCUGGCAAUCUCUGACGUUCACUUGUCGAUGGAGAAUGCCCGUGCCCUGGAGCAUCUCAACAGCAGAUGGAAAGUGCUUCAGGGGUCCAUAGAGGAGCGGCUGAAGCAACUCCAGGAUGCACAUAGAGACUUUGGCCCCGGAUCGCAGCACUUCCUUUCCAGUUCAGUGCAGAUACCAUGGGAACGUGCCAUCUCGCCAAAUAAAGUGCCCUACUACAUCAACCAUCAAGCUCAGACAACAUGCUGGGACCAUCCAAAGAUGACAGAACUGUACCAAGCCCUCGCGGAUCUGAACAACAUCAAGUUCUCAGCAUACAGAACAGCCAUGAAGCUGCGACGGGUUCAGAAGGCUCUGAGAUUGGAUUUAGUAGCGCUGAGCAGCCUUGUGGAGGUGUUUCGGGAGCAGGAGCUACAGCAGGGGGAGCACGUGAUGGACGUGGUGGAGGUGAUUCACGGUCUGACGGCUCUGUACGAGAGGCUGGAGGAGGAGAGGUCCAUCCUGGUCAAUAUUCCACUUUGCGUUGACAUGUGUCUCAACUGGCUGCUCAACGUGUACGACAGUGCUCGAAACGGCAAAAUGCGAGUGCUCAGCUUCAAGAUGGGAUUGGUGAGCUUGUGCAACGCAGACGUCCAGGAGAAGUACAAAUACUUAUUCCGUCAGGUGUCUGGUCCGGGAGGUUUGACAGACCAGCGUCACCUCAGCCUGCUGCUCCACGAAGCCAUCCAGAUCCCCCGCCAGCUGGGUGAAGUUGCUGCUUUCGGGGGCAGCAAUGUGGAGCCGAGCGUCCGGAGUUGCUUCCGCAUGGCCCCAGGGAAACCUGCCAUUGAGGUGUCUCACUUCUUGGAGUGGAUGAGCCUCGAGCCCCAGUCGAUGGUUUGGCUGCCUGUCCUCCACCGUGUGGCUGCCGCAGAGUCGACCAAACACCAAGCCAAAUGCUACGUCUGCAAACAGUGUCCCAUCAAGGGCUUCAGGUAUCGCAGUCUGAAGCAGUUCAAUGUGGACAUCUGCCAGACAUGUUUUCUAACCGGCCGUACUACUAAGGGAAAGAAGCUGCACUACCCCAUCAUGGAGUACUACACCCCAACAACCUCGGGAGAGAAGAUGAGGGACUUUGCCAAGACUCUGAAGAAUAAGUUCAGGUCGAAGCAGUACUUCACCAAGCAUCCUCAGAGGGGUUACCUGCCUGUGCAGUCUGUGCUGGAAGCUGAGAGCUCGGAGACGCCUUGCUCCUCACCCAAGCUACCCCAUGCAGACACACACAGCCGGAUUGAGCAUUAUGCCAGCAGACUGGCAGAAAUGGAGAGCCAGAAUUGUUCAUUCUUCACGGAUAGUCUGUCUCCUGAUGAAAGUCUGGAUGAAGAUCAGUACCUCCUGCGUCACUCCAGCCCAGCCCUGGACCAUGACUCACCGUGCGGACAGCACAUGCUGCUGGCUCACCUGGAGCACCAGGACAAGGAGCAGCUCCAACGCACCCUGGCCCGUCUGGAGAAUGAGAACAGGGUGCUGCAGGGCGAGUACAGGCGGCUCAAGUGGAAGCACGAAGAAGCAGCGUCAGUUCCCAUGCUGACUGAGGCUGGAGAGGGUGGCCCGGGUUCACCCACAGCAGGAGGGCAGCAGGAUGAGGAGCUCCUGGCUGAGGCACGGGUCCUCCGCCAACACAAGACACGCCUGGAGACCCGUAUGCAGAUCCUGGAGGACCACAACAAACAGCUGGAGUCCCAGCUGUGCAGGCUCAGGGAGCUACUGCUACAGCCCAAAGAUGAUUCGGAGGCCAACGGAUCAGAACCGUCAACACUGUCUUCUCCUGUGUCUGGAGGCGGUCACCAUGGGGAGCCAGCCAGCAGAGAGACCACUGACACGGAAGCAGCAGGAGAUGAUAUGGAGCACGAGCAGGACACGGUGCUGCAGCUGCAGGAGGUCAUUGAGCAGCUGAGAAACGUCUUUCCUUCAGAACCGGGCACCACCUCACACAUAUAACCCCGAGUGGGCCUAUAGGAGCAACGUUAAAGCCUGAAAGGAGACCUGAUGGCAGCGGGAGGAGCUCCACACAGCUGAGGUCAGGCCACAAUACACCAGGCCCUGUGACCACUGCAGAAGCGAUGAUACCCAGAGCUAACCCUCCAUUGGAACUUUGUGCACUAAAAGCCUUUUUCAUGCAAACUGCUAAAGGCUCACGCUGAUAUCUGUUCGGCCGGGCCAUGCUUGAUAACUUCAGUGGCGCAGCCGGACACCAUGUUAACGAGCCAAAGGAAACUAACGUUAGCAGCAGGUCAGGGAGAGACUAAAGUAAAGGGAAAUGCCCAGCCAAGACACUGUGCUUACCAGUAUCUGUGUAGUCGCUCAGAGGUGUGAAGCUUUAUCUGAGUCCACAGCACAAAUUGGACCUUCCAUGAAAAGAACUUUUAAAAAAUGCAAAAAGGAAUAAGAAGGAUAUCCCCUUGUUUUGUCAGAACGCCGGCAACGUCAGUGUGUUUUUUUGUCCUCCUUGAAUGUGUUAUCACGGUUGUUAUUUUUGUUUUCUGAAGGGAGGUGGUGUGGUAAAGCCCGCUUGUGCAAACUAGAUCAGGGCUGGGCUGACUGCAUUUCAUGUGGCUGCGUGUUGUAGAUUGUCAGGGAGUUGACAGCACCCACAACUAGCUUAUUUACUUUGCGAGAAUGACACAUCAUCAGUUAAAUCCAUGAUUUAUUUAAGACAGCCAAAGUGCCCGCUAGCACAGCGCCUCUGUAUGCGCACACUGUGUUCCUCUAAUCCUCUCAAACUGCUUGUCGCUCUCAUUGCUCGUUCCUUCUAAGUGAGCCCUCUACGCACAUACACAACCACUCGCACUCAGUGUACACGCACACACACACAUGUAUGCUGCUACUUCCAUGCUCCCAAUUUAUAACACACCUUUCCCUCAUUGUGCACACAUGCGUCCCUGCAUGAUCAAUAUUCGCUGUGCUCCAUCACUAAAAAUACAGACUUUCAAACACAUACACCUUCAUAAAAAUGGAGAGCCAUUUCAUCUCCUCGCGGGAUGCAGACAAGCUCUCAGUUUUGAGCCAAUUUGUAUUGUGACUUAAAUUGGGUUUUGUUGAGGAAAUGCCUUCAGAUAAAUAUCAGCAUGCAGGUGUCUGCUUUGAGAUCUUAGUGUUCUCCUGUUGUGUGCAGAGAAAGAGAAGGAAAGAGCUCCAGGCAAUGUGCUGCCAGGCUGAAACUCUCUCUCUCUCUCUCUCUCUCUUGUCAAGGCCAAUUCUAGACACUACAAGGGGGUACAAGGCACACCACCAUAGCGCAAUCCCACACUGACUUCACCCCCCAUAAUAAACCCUCCUCUCCAUGUAGAUUUAAAAAGAACAGUAGCUAUUGACUGUACAUGCCUCAUUUUCCCUUGCUAAUGCCAACGUGAUUGCUUUCAGAUUUACAAAAUGACGAAUGCUUGAAAUGGCUUUGCCCUCAUCAUAUCAGGGUCAUAGGGUGCGUUCUGUUCUAAACAUAGCACAGUCAUGUAAUGCCUUAAAUACAAACUGAAUCCAUAUAAAACAAGAGUUAGUUUGUCUGGACUUUUUUAGUUGUACUUGUACAUUCAGGGAAGAGAGGUUGUGUCAGGAGUGUGUGUGUGUGUUUAUGCACUAGUGUCUGCCAUGCCCUGGACAGAUCAGUGGUUAAUUUCUAGUAACAGGAAGCAAAGAAAAGUGUGGAUCACAGCGCGUGAGCGCCCAUGUGUUAAAACCAGUUAAAUGGGGCUUUUGUAAGUGAACACAUGAUGCCAGGGAUGCUUGGAGGGACUAUAGAUCUGAGAGACAAGAGGAAAGGUGGAAAAAAAACAGUUCAUUUAUUGCUCAAGGGCUGGUGAGAGAGAUCCACUUUGAUGUGCCUGCCACAGGAAAAUCUCCAGAAGCAGGACAAGAGGUUGCCUGAAACAAAUAAGCUCUGGCUGGUUCUCAGCACUCAUUCCGCCGCAUGCACACAGAAAAGGCAGAGAUAUACACAGUUGAGAAUUCAUUCCAAACCUUAAAAUGCCACUCUGACCUCAACAUAUGUGCUGCACUCAUGGGCUCCCCCUCAAGGCAAAUAAACCUUAAAUUUGACACUGUCCUCCUCAGCACUCGCACUUGAUGCUGUUGCUAGGGAACUGUCCCCAAGUACGCAGUUCCACAGGUUUGUGAGUCGGAAAGGUGAUGUGCCGUUCAUAAUACAAAUGCUAAUAGCCUUAAGGGAAGCAGGAGAGAGCAUCUUGUUUCCCAAAUGCAAGUCUCCUCUUCAUCACCACCUCCACUGAAGCCUGCCAUUGUUUAGCUGUUGGAAAUAGUCAUUGUCAUUCGUUGAAUCCAUCUCCGCACCAGCAGCGCUUAACAAUUUGUUUUGUUAAAGCUCUCACGAGUCAGAACAAAGAGCAGAAGCUCAGCUUGUGGAAGAGAAAAAAAAAUCCUUGACAAGCUACUGUUUACUCAUAGACGUUUAUUUAUUGGUAUUCACACAUCUCAUUACACAUUGAUGAUCACCCAGCGCCCUCUUAUCUGAUCUCCAUACUUUUGUAUGUUGGUACACAAAAUGAUGUAACACUGACAGCGUGUGAAAAAAGAAGAGGAAGCAUUUCCCACGGGGCUGUAUGUCAACAUUUCUUGUUUUUAUUUUUAGGAGGCAGAAUGAAACAAAUACACCACUAGGUGGUUUAAUGACAGCGAGUUGCAUUACCAUACAACAGUUUGUCCUCAUGCUUCACUCUGCUGCUGUUUGACACCGGCGUCUAAACUGACUUUCAUAGUCAUCCAGCUGCAUCUCUGUCUGACUGUGUGAUCAUCUGAGGUUGGGAUCCGUGUACAAACUUAACACACUAACACACACACACACCCUGCUCCCUGUGGCGCGACUGAAGCUGUGUGAUUGAAGAAAAAGGCUCUCCACAGAGGCAAGAGUCACCCCAGAGGACACUGCUAUCGUUCUCCACACUCCUGUAACUGCAUGUAGUCAGCCAAGAAGCUAACAAGCCACAUCAUUACUCUACUGCCUUUACGUCUGACCCUCCCCUCAGUGUUUUUGCUAUCAUACAUCUGAGCUUCUAACAAGGACACGUGUGUAUGUCACCUCCCACAUGACAGGGCAAUGAAUCACCUAACCUCAAACAAGGAAGUUGGGAACACUAACACAUAUACGUAUGCACACACUCAUACAUUACUGGUGAACUGAGGUGUUUUUUUUGUUUUUGUUUUUUGUUUUAAAAUCACCAUUAAUAUACCUCAUUAAUCAUUCAAAUAUUUAUUGUUUAAUGGGUUUAGAUUUUUUUGUUAUUGUCCAGCACUCAAAACACUUCUUGCUCUUUUCUCUGGAGUUUUUAAUCUGUAUAAAAAGUUUUCUGAAGAAAAGCUUUUUACUGUAAUAACAUGUGGGUUACUGGCUGCUUUCUACUCUUUGUGUACAGAAAUAAAAACUUUGUAUUUGGCAAA